CCCCUUCUUUCCCCACCACGGCACCGCAAAAUUGCUCAAUCCCAGAAAGAAUCUCAAGCUGUCCAAAACCCUCACCUUUCCACCUCCGGAAGCAUGCUCCGAGGCCUCGCCGGCGCCGUCUCGGCGCCCCUCCGCCGCUCCCUCUCCACGGCGGCCUCGCGCCCUCCCUGGGCGAUGGUCUACAGCAGGGCGGCGCUGGACGCGUCAGCGGCGCCGUCGCCGGGCGCGCGCGCGUCCUUGGACCUCGACGCGGCCCCGUACGUCUCCCACAUCUCCGUCCCCGCCCACCUCGCCGACGGCAUGGACUUCGCCGCCGCAAGCGUCCGCGCCACCAGCUCCGACGGCCUCCUCCUCCUCGACCUGGCCGAGGCCCGCCACCUGUUCCCCCCCGGACCUCCGGGCGCCCGUGAGUCCCUGGACAGGAAUAUCCAAGUCGAAUUGGCCGCGGUUGGCGCCUCCUUCCAGCUGGACGUCGCGCGCUUCGUGUGCAACCCUCUCAGCGGCCACAUCUUCCGCCUCCCGGUCCCGGCCAUGGGUGCCGCCAGGACGAGCACGGUGUUCGGCCUGCUCACCCAGUCCUCCGACGGCUCCCACGGCCCGCCUGAUCGAUACGCGGUCGCUCAACUCAGCUGCCGGGCAGCAGACAACGGCAUAGUCCUGCGCCGGUUCCUGUCCGAGACAGGGGAGUGGGAUGAGCGAGAGCUGCUUGUUCCGUCCAUGUGGCCCGGCUGGCAGCACAUGCAGGUGGAUACGAACCACACCGUGUUGGCGUUCGGCGACCGGCUGUGGUGGGUCGACGUCACCUGGGGCGCCUUCUCCGUCGAUCCCUUCAGCGACCGGCCAGAGGUUCGAUUCGUCGAGCUGCCACAGGGCGUGCUGUCGGAUUUCGACACGACCGAGAACCUGAUGCUGGGCAAGCGACGGCUCAUGGGCGUCAGCGAGGGGAAGCUCCGGUACAUCGAGGUGUCCACUGAAAAGGAGUUUGUGGUCAGCUCGUUCUCGCUCGACGGCGAGGGAUGCUACUGGAAGCCUACGCGCGAGACAACGGUUAAGCUAGUCCUGCCCAACCAACGCAAACCGCUGGAAAAGGACAUGCCGUGGAUUGCUGCUGUAGAUCCAUUCAACGCCGACAUUCUGUAUUACCAGUCUGGCCACGAUAUUAUUGCCAUGGACAUGGCUAAUGGGGAGGUGAUGGGGAAGAGGGCUUUUCCAGACAGCAUCACAGGCCUAAGCCCUUGCAACACCGCAUUCUUCCUCCCGUGCGUGCUCCCUACAUGGCUUGAAUCAAGCCAUGUCCCUGGUGCAGCUGCACUUCCGAGAAAGACACCCAAUUGCACAAGGAAUACUUUGGCGGAGACGUUGGUUCGUGUAGACAAAGACCAGAAGAAGUGAAGCACGCUUAUCCUUGAUUUCUUAAAUUUGAAUGGCAGCAAAGUUGGUGUUUUUUUUUGGAAUGGAGCAACGUUGAUGGUGGCACCUGAAGGACAUGGACCCUCAUUUUGGAGAAUUCCGGGACAAUUCUGGGCUUGCUUAUUUGCUGAUGCAAUUCCCCUUUGAAACAUUGGAUCUUAUAAAUUUUUGAGAUAC